CCCGCUCGCUCGGCAGCUCCAAUAUGGCGGCGUCCUGUGGCUCCUCGCAGCUCGCGGCCGCCGAGUCGCCGCUGAAGAUCCCCAAGAUGGAGGUGCUGUCGCCGGGCUCGCCGGGCGCGCUCAGCGACGGCAACCCCAGCCUCUCGGACCCCUCCACGCCCAGCGGCGCCUCCCCGCUGGGCCCGGGCGGGCCGGGCUGCGCCGCCGCCGCCGCGGGGGCCGGGGCGGGGGGCGGCGGCGCGGGCGGGCUGGGGGGCCGCGGCGGGGCCUCGCCCUCCGUCUCCUUCUCGCCCGGGGGCGCCGCCGCUGCCGCCGCGGCCGCCGCCUGCCGGGGCAUGUCGUGGACGCCGGCCGAGACCAACGCGCUGAUCGCCGUGUGGGGCAACGAGCGGCUGGUGGAGGCGCGGUACCAGCAGCUGGAGGGCGCCGGCACCGUGUUCGGCAGCAAGGCCCCCGGGCCCGCCAUGUACGAGCGCGUCUCCCGGGCGCUGGCCGAGCUGGGCUACGAGCGGACCCCGUCGCAGUGCCGCGAGCGCAUCAAGCAGCUUCUCAAGAGGCAGAGUGAGUUAGUAAGCAAUGAAAAAUAUACCCUUCGCAGGUGUUACAGUCGAGUGAAAGAACAUGGUGUUGGGAAAAGGAAAAGCAGUUACACAUUUGAACAAUUGGAACAGGUGUUUGGUCAGGGAGGAUGGGACUCUCAGCCCUGCCAGCCUGUACUCAUUAACAGCAGUGGCUUGUACCAGGAGCUGGAAUCUGAUGGCAGCACUAUGGAGGAAUAUUCACAGGAGGAUUGGGGAAACCACAGUCAGGAUCUUCAUUGCUACCAAACAGGAGAACAGGAGUUGGACGAAAUGCCUGCCACAAAAAGAACAUUAAAGAUAAAGCAGGAAUCUUCAGAAGAUGCACAAAAACGUGAUGUCAUGCAGAAUAUUAUGCAAAUAUUGGAAUCGGUCCAGUUAAAAUGGGAGCUGUUUCAGAGCUGGACAGACUUCUCCAGGCUGCACCUUUCUAACAAACUGGCCAUUUUUGGCAUUGGUUAUAACACACGCUGGAAGGAGGAUAUUCGUUACCACUAUGCCGAGAUCAGUUCUCAGGUGCCUCUCGGCAAACGGCUUCGGGAAUAUUUCAAUUCAGAGAAGCCAGAGGGCAGGGUCAUUAUGACCAGAGUACAGAAAAUGAACUGGAAAAAUGUUUACUAUAAAUUCCUAGAGAUUACGAUUAGUGAAGCAAGAUGCCUGGAGCUGCACAUGGAGAUUGACUGGAUACCUAUAGCUCACUCCAAGCCAACUGGAGGAAACCUUGUUCAGUAUUUAUUACCAGGGGGGAUUCCCAAAAGCCCUGGUUUGUAUGCUAUUGGUUAUGAAGAGUGCCAUGAUAAACCCCAAUCACCUGUUGCAGACCGCAGAGGCCAAGAUCCUGGCAAAGAGACUCAAGGGGAGACAGAUGUCCCUUCACCACAGGCCUCUCUCAGGGUGGAUAUGGAGUCCACCAGAAUUAUCUAUUGUUACCUUGGCAUUGCUGAGGUAAGAACUCUCCAGCAGUGCUUGUUUUUACAUUUUCAGGCAAACACCAAAACCUUCAGUAAAGAGUGGGUUGGGAUCAAUGGAUUUUUAUCUCAGAACUGCAUCGUAGACCCUGGUGUGUCGCCUAAAUCCAUCUACAUAAAAUUUGUGGAAGUGGAGAGGGAUUUUCUUUCUGCUGGCUCUUUGGUAGAGUGCCUGGAAAAAGCCAUUGGAUACCCAUUAAGGUUUAACAACUGAAUCUCGUCCUUCAUAAGGAUUAGGGCUCCUGUUUCCUUUCACUGUUGCUCGCUAACAAGUGGAUCCUAUCUGUUCGCAGUUGGGCAAGUCAGACUUUCAAAGUGAAAUGAACUUCAAAGUGAAAGAUGCUUGCAUGUGAUCACAAAAACUUGUCCUGAGCAAGUAAACUGUACAGCUUGGCAGGCCAAUUAGUUUUAUAAGGAGAAGAGUAAGGAGGAAAGCCCUGUAAACAAAAUGACUGUAGGUACAUUCCACAUUGGACAGAGCUUUUACUUUGCGUUUCAUAUGAAAAUCUGUUUUUCCACAAUGUUUCAUUUUUACACAUCUUGUCUCUAUAAUAAGUGUUAUUACAGAUCUGAAUAAAUAAGCAAUAGAUAAUGGCAAGUUAAACUGAGUCACAUUAAAUGAGACUUUCAAUGCCACCCUUAGCUACUAUUGUAUAUAAUUUAGAGUUUCACUUUUUUCACCCAUCAGAAGUGUUUUACUAUUUCCAAACAGUGUUGCCUGCAAAGACUUUUGUUUCUGUGAUGUAUCCCACUUUUUUACUAGUAGUGUUGCCAUAUCAGCUUUUUUUUAACAUUAAAAUAACUCCUGGCCUUUUUAA